CUGCAUUCAAAACCAGUUGGGAGCCGAAGACUUAAUUUAAAAUUUUAUAUUUAUUUGUUGUUUGUUUCUUCUAUCAAGUGUUUGUGUUUUGGGCUUCGAAAAUGUUAACAAAAAUUAAUUUUUUCAUUGCUUUGCAUUGUGUUUUAAAUCAGCAAAUUCAAGGUGAAAGUAAUUUUUUUUUUGAGGGUGCCCCCAAAAGUGGAGGGCCCCCCGAAAUUACUCGACUCCUUUAUACCAGCUUCAAUGCAGAUAAUGGCCCAUUUGACAGAGUUGAUGAAAUAUGACGUAAAACCAAAUCAAAAUCCUGGAAAACCGUCUUACAGUAGCACGCAAAGGCCAACCAGUACUCACAAACCUGCCAUCUACGCCCCUGAUAUUCCACCAGGCCCAGAGGCGUACUUUUCUAAAGUUUUAAGCCCAUCCUAUGAGGAGUAUGUAAAAAGAUUGGAAAAUCCCAUUGGAACAAAUUAUUUUGAUAGAUACUCUCUAACGUCAACUGCAGUUGGUAGAACUGAUUCAGCGAGAAAUUUGGAGCGGGAAAAUCAAGAUUUAUAUUUUGGCAGCAAUUUCGCUCGGUUAUACGAACUCGCCAAUACUCUGGAGUACGAUUAUAACCCUAAAGAUGUAGAUCUACAGGUUCAAGAAUUCUCCGAAAAAUACGACGAUUCAGAUUUCAGGUUCGAACUAUUAAGACAAAAAAAAGUCCCGCCCACUAAAGCCUACGUCACACUAUUAUCCCUGUACGAUUUAAUGAACAAAGAAUCAAAACGGCUGGGUCUAAAUAAAUUUCAAGGUUACUCCGAAAAAGUCCUGUCAAAUCUGGUAGAUUCUUCAACCGGAACUUCCGCUUUUCAACUCAGAUUCGUCCUCGACAAAAUUUUGCAGCGACAGGAAGUGAAAAAACCGGAAAUAACCUCUAAAAUAACGAAACUCAUACAAGAUUUAGACAUCGACAGCAGCUACAUAAAUGACGCCCUCAGAUACAUCCCCCCCCUGCCAUUUACACUGUGAUCACCCUGUAUAAUACCGUAAUUAUGUGAUAAAUAAAAAUAUUAAAAAUGCCA